CGAUCGAGUGAGUGUGCGUCGCAGUCGCUGCGAUGUUUUUGUGCCGUCUUGCCCGUUUUCACCGUCUCGCGAUAAAACAAUACAUUUUAUAACCACUAUUAUUGUUAUUAUCAUCAUCACCCAGAAUUAUGAGAAUUGUUUUCCCCGCAUCGGCCGUCCGAUCACCGUCGUAAUAUUUUCGUUUGUAUUAGAAAAAAAACAACGCGAAAUCCGCAUACCUCUAUUACCAUUGGUUACGUUUUAAUCAAUGCUACUGCGUAUUAGCGCCAGUCGAUGUUGUUUCGCGUGCGCGUGCGUGCGCGUCUGGUGCGUGUGAUAAUAGAACGUUGGAACUCGGUCCGUGUCGUUUACGAUUAUUAAUAUUUCUAUCUUUUUUUUUUUUUUUUUUUUUGUUGCUCUUCGGCCCGGUUCGUAGUGUUACAGUGUAGAAAUCUAUUGUUCGAAGCCCGAACGUUAUCAUCGUAUAACCGUGGUCGAUGUCGCAGCGUUUACAGUGCGUUAAUUGGAAAUAAACGACUGUUUUGAACAGACAUUGCACGUUGUGUACACCCGUCCAUCGUUGUGAAACCGUGAAGUAAUUAAACAACGAACGUGACUCUUAAUAAAUAUUGUUCCUCGGCCAUUACUGGUGUAUUAUCACCGUCGAUCUCGCGCUAUUCGGUAUUUCGACGGCCGUUUAAUUAUCUUUAACCUUAUCAGAGAAACGAAUACUCUCCGUUCACUGGAAUUCGAAGCAUACGGGCCCGUGUUUUACACCCAUCGGAGUGGUGCAAUGAGUGGCCAGCAUUUGGCCGACAGUGCAGUCACUGCCAAUAGUAGUGGAGACAAUGGUCCUGUUAACUCCAAGUGUUCAGCAUCUUUAACUAAGCAACACAGUUAUGAACAGAUUGAUCAUGCUCAUUUUUUGGCCAAUGAUAUUGGAUCACUCUACCUCAACGACAGGUUUUCUGAUGUUGUAUUGGUAGUUAAUGGUGAACGUUUUCAUGCACAUACAGUGGUUUUAGCUUCACGAAGUGAUUAUUUUAGAGCCUUAUUUUAUGGUGGUCUUAAAGAAUCUCAUCAGUCUGAAGUUGCAAUCACUGAUGCAUCUGUAAAUUCAUUUAAAAAACUUUUGGAGUACAUUUAUUCAGGACGGAUGAAUUUACUUAUACUUCAGGACGAAGUAAUUUUAGAAAUAUUCAGUUUAUCAAAUCUAUAUGGUUUUACAAAUUUGGAACUUUCCUUGUCUAAAUAUUUACGCAGUAAUAUUAAUGUAUGUAAUGUGUGCUCCUUGUUUUCUGAAGCACGUUUAUAUCAGCAUAAAGAUUUAAUUAUUGAAGCAUUAAAUUUUAUUGAUAACCAUGCAUUGGAAGUAAUUCAAUCUGAAGGUUUUUUAUCUUUAUCAUCUGAAGCACUUCAAGAAGUUCUUAAUAGAGACUCAUUGUAUGCAUAUGAGUUAGAUAUAUUUCGUGCAGUUUGUCGUUGGAUUAAGGCAAAUCAAGAUGAUGAAGAUCCUGAAGCUAAAAUUAAAGUUUUGUCUGCUGUCAGAUAUUCCUUAAUGACUUUGGAUGAAUUACUAUCAGUUGUCAGAGAAUCACAACUUGUUAGUUCUGAUAAUAUCUUAGACGCUAUACAAUUAAGAAACUCAUUACCAUCUCAUAAACUGAAAUUUCGUGGACAACUAAAACCUAAUUUGAAUAUAGCUCAUCCUUCUCAAGGUGCACAAGUUAUGCAGGGAGAAAUGCGUUCAGCAUUAUUGGAAUCUGAUUCUACUAGCCAUGAUCAUGAGCGGGGUUGUACUAGACAUCUCAUAAAUGAAAGUGAUGGCGGUAUUAUAAUAAAAUUAGGCGAUCCUUCGAUCAUAAAUUAUAUAAAAAUGCAACUAUGGGAUAAAGAUCUUAGGUCUUAUUCAUAUUAUAUCGAAGUGUCGAUGGAUCUAAAUGAUUGGGUGCGAGUUAUAGAUCAUUCAAACUAUUAUUGUAGAUCAACCCAACGCUUGUGGAUACAUACUCGAGUAGUACAAUAUAUUCGUAUUGUAGGAACCAACAAUACUGUUAAUAAAUGUUUCCAUACAGUUUCUUUGGAAGUAAUGUAUAAUACCAAAGAAAUGGAUUUUGUAGAUAUUGAAAAAGGAUUAGUGUCUCCUAAAUAUAAUGUUGCUACUAUGGCUAUGAAUGCUAUUGUAAUUGAUGGAGUUAGUCGAUCUCGAAAUUCAUUGUUGGAUGGUAAUUGUAAAGAUUAUGACUGGGAUUGUGGUUACACAUGUCAUCAACUGGGUUCUGGAUGUAUACUAAUUCAACUUGGACAACCUUAUAUGCUCAGUUCAAUGAGAAUGCUACUUUGGGAUUGUGAUGAUCGCUAUUAUAGUUACUAUAUUGAAGUAUCAGUAAAUAUGUGUGAUUGGGAUUUGAUUGUUGACAAAACUAAUGAACUUGUACGAUCUUGGCAACUUUUGCAGUUCAAUCCUCGACCAGUUGUAUUUAUUCGUAUAACUGGUACUUAUAAUUCAGCCAAUGAAGUUUUUCAUUGUGUUCAUCUGGAGGCACCUGCUCCUCAAGCCUUAUCAGAUUCAACUACAGUUGAUGAAGUUGAACAGAGUAUUUCUAAUUUACAAGUAACAAUAAAUAGUAAUGUUAAAAAAACAAAUGAGUCUGUGUCUUCGGAAACACCACCAACCACUGUAGCAGAAACGACUACAGCAACAGCAGUAGCAGGAAUAGUAGAUAGAUUAAGUGUUUAAAUUGUAUUUGUUACUCUAGCAUUUGCUUAAUGUUCCUUGCGUGUCUCCUACAAUAUAGACUGAAUGUUAUAUCAAAUUGUUAUUUUGGUUUUUUUUUGCAUAUAAAUUUAUAAUUUUUCAUUAUAUAUAUUUAUAAAUGGUAG